AUGUGGGGCAAGGCCACCAUUGGUCAUUUCGGGUUGCUCAAGAUUGUGUCUGGCGAGAAAUGGUAUCCGCGUCGGUUACUAGACUUGCAAGACCUGCGGGCUAAUCGCCACGACUUAAGGAACGCAAGAGUACGUUUGGUGGAGUCAGCAGAAUGUCCGGGUCUGCAAACAACCAGCAGUGGAGGCCAUCGUUUCAGAUCGAGACGUCAGGAUGACCGUUACGUUACAUUGAGCCAUUGCUGGGGCAAGCCCGGGCCCGGCGUAACCCCUCUAAGGAUGACAUUCGACACCGAGAGACGCUUCAAGACGGAAGGCAUCGGACUCCAAGAGUUGCCAAAAACGUUUCGAGAUGCUGUUAUCUUUGCCUCACGGCUGGAUAAGGUUGGAUUCAUAUGGAUCGACUCACUCUGUAUCCGGCAACCUCUCUCGUCGGCGCCCGAUCAGAUGCAGGACUGGUUCGAGCAGAGUCGAUACAUGGGCACGGUAUACCAAAAAGGGUUCCUGAACAUAUCCGCGACCGCUUCGUCUGAUGGCAAUGGAGGCUUGUUUUUUGAUCGGCGUGCUGAGCACCCCUGGGAGACUAUCAUCGACUUGUCUUACCCUCCUUUAAAGCUCUCCGAAUCGGACUCUAUCUACAGAUGCAUGUUGAUAGACCAAUUCUCCUGGAAAAAUUUGGUCGAGCAAGCCCCCGUCAAUCGACGAGCGUGGGUCUUCCAGGAGCGCUUGCUUGCGCCACGAGUUCUUCAUUUCGGCCACGACCAGGUGGCAUGGGAGUGUUGCGAGUUCCAAAGCAGCGAGAGCCAAUCUGGCGAGCAGCUAGCCAUGACUCAGGCAAAACGUCUCAAGCAAUUGACACCAGCCUUUGGUCGCAUGUUACGGGAGACGCGGUUACUCGGCUUGCCGGACCCAGACCUGCAUCUAAAAGACCUAUACACCUACGAACUAUGGAAGAACGUCGUAGAGACAUACUCCCAGCUGCAACUCACCAAGUUCACCGACAAGCUGGUUGCCCUAGCUGGUGUCGCGAGGCUGUUCCAGGAAUCCUUGUUCAGACCGGACCCCAGACAGACAUACGUUGCCGGACUCUGGAGUACGCAUCUCGAAAGUCAGUUGCUUUGGUCGGUGAACGAAACCUACAAAAACAACACCGGUGUGUACGACAACCCUGCCCGACGACGCCCAGAAGGUGGCCCUUCUUUCUCGUGGGCAUCGAUCGACAGCCCCUAUGGCGUCACCUAUGGCGAUGUCACUGAUUACGGGUCGCGGUCAGACACUUCUGGCGAGCUGCUAUUUAAAGCAGUGGAUCACAGCAUCGGUCUAGCCGACCCAAAGAACCCCUUUGGUAUGGUCACUGCAGGUCGACUGCUCCUAGCACCCCGUCAUCUCCGUCGCAUAGAGUUGUACAAACUGCCAGUCUCGAGUAGUCUACCUUUCGCGUUCCGCCUAAAGAUCGAACCCCAACCCAAGCGACCACAACAGUUCAAGAACUUUCAACUUGAUGCGCCGGACUCGGAUGUGGAUAUCUUCCGUGCAGAUGCGCAGAUGUACUGUAUGCCGGCGGCGUAUGGAGAGCGAACGGUGAUCAAGAGAGAACAAUAUCUUUACUGCUUAUUGCUCAAAUACGAAGGCUCGGUCUCUUUCACAGCAAGUGGAAGUGGGCGGAAAGAAGGGCGCUACCGAGCAUUCAGACGUGUUGGUAUUGCGAAGAUCAGCGAUUGCACGGACGAAUGGGGUCAAGAUAUGUUGAAGGAAGAAGUUACGAAGGAGAUCAUUUGCCUGUGCUGA